GAUGAACAUAUUUCUAUACUCCCUUCUAAUUGUCUUAGUCUUCUGUGGACAAGAGCAAGGUACCUUCCUAUAAGAGCAAAGUACUACUCCACAAGAGAAUAAACUCUAUACAAUAAAAUUAAAAGAAACCCAUACUAUUGUAUUCAACUUGUCAAUAAUGAAAAUAGGUAUCUGCUAAAGAAAUGUAUGACUUUUUAACCACCAAAUAAACAUAUUUCAGAUAAUAAACACCAAUUGAUAUUUAGGAAAUCGAAUUUGGUGGAUAUGUACCAAAACCAUAAUAAACUACAGAAAAGAGAUAAGCAAAUCUUAAAUUACAUAAUUUCAAGAAUACUUAAUUUACUGGUCCUAUUACUGUAGGUGAUCAAGAAUUCUAAGUUAUUUUUGAUACAGGAUCUGCAAAUUUCUGGAUUGAUUCUGUUAAAUGCAAAAAUGAAGGAUGCAAAUAACAUACACAAUAUAAACCAGGUUUUAGUUCUAAACAUCUUGGUUAUGCAUUAAAUGUAUAAUUUGGUACAGGUGAUUUAAAUGGAGAAGUCAAUUCAGAUAUUGUCAAAUUAGGAGAAAUAGAGGUAGAAGAUUAAAAUAUUGCUGAAAUAGUUGAAGAAAACGGGUCUGUAUUCUAAAAUGUAAUUUUAUUUAAACUAUUAUCUAAGUCUGGAUUUGAUGGUAUUGUUGGUUUAGCAUAUCCUUCUAUGGCUGCUUAUAACUUAAAUCCAUUAUUCGAUAACAUUAUGAAAUAAAAGAAAUUAGAAUCUAACUCAUUUUCAUUUUACAUGAGCAAUAAAGUUAAUAGUCUUGAAUCCUAAAUUACUUUUGGUGGUUAUGAUGUUACUAAACUUGAUGGUCCUAUUCAUUAUCAUCCUGUUAUUGAUAAAUAUUAUUGGAUGAUUAAAGCUGAGAAUAUCUUAGUCAAUGGUCAAGAUUAAGGAUUCUGUCCAAAAGGUUGUAAAGUUGUUGCUGAUACUGGUACUUCUUUAAUUACUGGUCCAUAUGAUGACUUAAUGAAAUUAUUAGGUAAUUAAUAUCAUAUUUAUUAUAGAUCUUACCAACAUUAAUGAUAAUUGCUCUAAUUCAAAAGAAUUACCAACUCUUACAUUUAGAAUUGAUGGAGUCAAUUAUGAUCUUGAAGCUAAAGAUUACAUUAUGGAAUUAAAAGAUGAUGGAACUGAAAUUCCUUUGAGUAAUGAAGUUUCAGCUUCAGCCUUUAUUGAAGGAUCACCUAAAUAAUGCAUUGGAGCAUUUAUGCCUUUAGACAUUCCUGAUCCAUAAGGUCCAGCUUGGAUUCUAGGAGAUAUCUUUUUAACAAAAUACUUGAGUAUCUAUGAUAGAGAUAUGAAUAUGGUAGGAUUUGGAAAGGCUAAACAUUGAA